CCUGCUGAAGCUGCUGAGCACUGCUGUUCAUGGGGUUGUGGGCAGUGCACACUUGUGGGCAGCCAAGGGACACCCGCCACAUGGACAAUGCACCCCAGGGCUAUUUGCUGCCUCCCUGCCACCUAAACCCAACAGACCUGUUUGGAGAGAGAGUUUCUCCCAUAACAGGAAUCAAAGGCCAAAGGGCACCUUUCUCAGUAUGGGCCUGCAUUACAAACACAUGUGCUGGUAUGGAUGUGAAAUGACCCUAAAAACAUCACAUCUAGCCAAUAAGCCUGUAUACCAUGUAGGUAUUAUAUCAUAAGCUGAGAGACGAGGACAGAUAAAAGAAAGUGCCAGAGGGCCCUGACACAGUGCCUGCCCGGUGCACCUCACUGUGCUGCAGCCUCAGCUGUGCAAUAUCCACACCCGGCUGUGGAUUCCAGCAAGGCACCCUGAGACACGCAGGGAAAAGGAGCUCUGAACUGAGCUGGUGAAGUUUCCUCUUCCAACAGACAGCAAUCAGCUUUGUAGACACUUGUCCCAGAGGCUCUGAUCCCACAGGAAAGCACUUCCUGACCUCCCAAUUGCAGUGUCUUUUCCUGCUUGUAGCUGCGUUGCAAUGGGAAAGGUGGGUAUACAUUGCACCCAGCCUCAGAUCAGCUCUUUGUUACGUCUGACCCUUCUUGCUCUCUUUCUGUCCACCUGUUUUCGUUUUCAGGUAAACACAAACAGCCAUCACACCAAACUUUCCUGCAGACAGAUGACUCACUGGCGGAGCUCUGGCAGCUCUCCCAAAACUAUGCUACGAUCACAAAAGUCACGAGGGCCAUGCGGCAAUUUCAGCUUUGCUUCCGUGUAGCACAACCUGGACUUGCAGGUGAGCUGCCAGAGCUGCCUGGGCACUGCGUGCGGGUCCAGCAGCAGGGUAGAACCCUGAGCUGCAGGUGUAGGUCAGCAUCCUUCUACCUCCCAUACACUGCGCAUCCUUACACUGUUUUAACACAAGUACACCCCCCCAUCCCGCACACCCAUCCCCUCCCCCUCAUCACGCCCCGCACCCCGCUUUAUUUCUGCGUUCCUCCACCGGUCCGGGCUCGCUCCGACACGCUCCCGCCACGGUGGGGGAGGGAUUCCCGCACUGUUCCUGACGUCACUACGAGGGAAAACCCCGCCGCGCUCCGCUUUUAGGGCGCGCAUCGCCCCGCCUGCCCGCAGUGUCCCGCCGCCGCCGAGCCGUGUGGAUCCGGACUGCGCCGAGCCGAACCGAGCCGAGCUGUUGCCGCGAUGAUGCCCGGCAGGACGAUACGCAAACCUGCUCCACCCGCCGAGCCUGCAGACCUCGCUCGAAUUAAAUCCCCACCUCCCUGCGCGUGCCUUGCAGAGAGGGACGCGGUGGCUGAGUGCGCCGUGGAGCUGCGCAGGAUCGGCGACAAGGCGGACCUCAGGCAGAAGAUCCUGAACCUCAUCACUAAACUCUUCUGCCCCAAGACGUGAUCCGCCGCCCCCGCAGCGCUGAGAAAGAAAGGGGGAAGAUUUCGACUUUGCAGAUCUGGAACGAGAGAUUUCACUUACACUGGGAGAUGGAGGGGAAAAAAAAAAAAAGCUCUUUGAUUUGUGUUUUGCUACCUGCAGACGCCGAGGGAUGGCUGUCACCAUGUGAUUUCUUUGGGAAGUGUUACAACGUUAUUGCUUUAUGGAUGCUAAGUUGGGGGAAAAAAUGGAGGCAAUGAGCACCGGCCCCUCGCUACGUAGUGAGGGGCAGGUUGGAACUUGUUCUUCUUGGGGCUGGGGAACCCUGUGACAACCCCACCUCCCCUGUUGCCUUCGCAUCCCACAUCCCAGCCAGGAACUGCGGACAGAAAGGUUCCGAAGCAAAGAAAGAAGUUGUGGAACGUGGGCAUGAGUCAACAAGGUGAAAGCCGGCGUUCAGGUUCUGACUGCCCUUAUCUUCUACAGCUCGGAUUCUGCUGGAUGGGGAAGUGGUGGUGUUGGGGAUAUCUCAUUUGUUCAUUAAAACCACUGCUUUAAUAUAAAGGUUAUUUGUUGUAGCAAGUGGCUUUGGGGAUAAAAAAAAAAUGCAAUUCUGUGAAUUAAUGUGAUAUUGCAUAGUUAUAGUCUAUAUAUUAUAUAUAUGUAUAUAUUUGCAUAGAUAUAUAUUACAUAUAUAUAAAAUAUGCGUACCCCUUUGUAUGAGAGGAGUGUUUCACAGACCUGUUAAGUGAAUGCUACUUCUUUAGGCUCAAAGAGUAGCAUGAAAAAAUGCUCAAAACAUGAUGGAAAUAGUUCAUAUUAAGCAGAAGAGAAAGCACUCUCUUUUCUGAUGGUACAGGAAACACUUCUUGAAUUACAGAGGGGAACAUAAUUUAGUAUACCAUUAGAUAAUUAAUACAAAUGUAUAGUACAGAAAUACUGAGGUAUGAUGUAUGUUGUGUGGAAGGUUUCUUCCAACACUGAAAAGAAGUUUUUGAUGACAAUACAGCUCCUCUGUGUGUUUUUCUGAGUAGCAAAAUAACUUAUCAAGAGACCAUAACGUCGAAUCUGAGUCAAAGAUCAAAUUUUCUUUGGAUCGCCAUUUUUUCAAGGAAGGCAGCCGCCUCCCUGUGAAGAAAUCAUAAGACAGAUUGUUACAGUCAGUACAGGAAAGCAGCCGCAAUCUUUAUUCAUUCUGUACGGGAAAAUCCUUCCCUUGUACUUAGUUUCUCUUUCGUUUCAUGGCAUCCUCAUUUUGUUUCCGGACAGAGGAAGCUGCUGCAGCACCCAGAGUAGGGCAAUGUGCUGCUGUAAUGUAGAAUUCCCCUUGUUGGCUCCAGAGGAGCUGCACUAAGCUCACAGCCCAGGCAGGUGUCACCUCUGCACACCACAUCUUGCUCCUGAACAGUGUUCUUUCAAGGGUGCAGCAAUAAAAAGGCCACGGCUGGUGACAUUUGUUGCUACCUCUUCAAUCAGUGUUCAGAGAUGUGCAGAAUCCCCAUCUCCUUCAGAAGAUGUAGCACAGAAAGUCAGGUGUGGCCACGCGCUUGCUUCUCUAGCUGAGCUCUGCUUUGGUAUGCAGCUGUAUUUGCGUUGUGUAAGGGUGCGUAGUUGCACCUCCUGAAUUCCAGUUCAGAUUACUGGAGUUCUUCCUGCCUGGUGCAGUGUCUGAUGCACAGACUCAGAUGUGAACGAUCUGAACCGUUUAUUACAAGUUCUCACAUCAUUUACAUACCUUCACAGGUUUCCUCUUCCUAGCUUUCCCACUCACCCCUACAACCUUCCUGCCCACCUUUACAUGCUGACGGAGCAUUCCACAAACACUCUUCAACCAUUCAUGCGGGCAUUUAUCCAAUCUGAGCCAUGAGCCGUUCUUCCUUUUUCUAGAGGUGUCCUUGGUUCUCGUGCUAUUUAUCUUGCUCCACAGCUGCUGCUCUGUACAGUCCUCCUUGUAUUCCACCUGGUAGUGAUUUUCUGUUUUUAUUUAUACCGUGUGUUUCAGCUCUCUCUCCUGUCUCUGCCUUUGCAAAGCCGCCAUGAAGUAGCUGACACAGAUUUGCUUGCUCUGCCACAACCAGCUGUGCAAGGCGGCUGCUCCUUGGCACUGACCACUAAGCACAAAAAGGAAUAGCUGUAAUUCAUCUUUGUAUUGCAAAGCAGCAUGUUUCACUGACAUCUACAGGCAUCAGUAUUCCAGGUAUAAAAAAACUGAGUAUUUUUAUUAAAAAAACAAAGAGUUUUGGUUAAGCACCAGUGUGCUGCUCAGCAAGGUUGCCUGCCCCACAGUCAGUGGGAUCAGCAGUGCCAUGGCCUGGUGGCUCCCCGCUGGCUGUGCCUGGCUCAGGAACACGCAUCAUUUGCAUUAGGAGCUGAAAUGUAUUUGGAAAAAGUCUUCUGCUUCAUGCAUGCUGCUUUGAAAUUCUGAAGGAAAUUAAGCACAUGGCUCACGGAGCCUGGGCAUAAAUCCAGCUGUAGCACACACAAAUGUUAUAAUAAAAAGGUGUUCUCAUAAAUGCUUUAUGAUGGGGGCAUCUGCAUGAAAUACCAGUGCAAGUGUUUUUCUGCCUAGAUCUGUAAGGACUAUUUGCUUUUUGUUAAAAGUUUUUAUGUUCUUCCAAGGGCUGUCAAGUACUAGCGCCCAGUGAGCUCAGGAAAAAGUCUGUAUCCAGGUGAUCAGUGCCAGUACGUGAGCCUGCUGAUGUCCUCCCCACCUUUCCUUUUGUUUCUUCCCCAAAGCAUUUGCUAUUAUAUGAUGUUUCAAUACGGGUUUGUUUUUCUUGAGGCCAGGCAUUUCCCCGUAUCCCCCAUGCAUGUAUGUCUUGAAUUCUUGUUGAGAUAAUAAAUGUGAAGUGCUAGCAAGAAAAAUGA